GCCACGUGGGUUUAGGAAUUACUAAAGUCGUUUCUUUUACUGAUUUUAGAUUCUUGCAUUAUUUUUUACGCAAAUGUGAUAAACAUCAGCUGAACACAUUCUUGAAACUACAAAAUGGGAAAACUGAAGACAAAGAAGCGAGGCAAGCAUCGAGUAAAGCCAACAGGAUUGCAGAGUACUUCUGAAGCGUUGAAAGAGCAGUUGGAUAUAGAAGUUACUGAUCACAUGUUGCCUCACCUGGAAGAACUGUCUAGUCCAUCAGCUGACACCAGAGAAUGUGCUUGUGCCUGUUUGGCGAACUUGGUAUCAGACUCUCGAGCGAUUCCUCAAAUGUUAAAGCUUGGUGUUGUAAAACGACUUGGAUCAUUGCUAGUUGAUGAGAGUGAAAGGGUACGAUUGGGAGCAGCUGGAUGCCUCAGAAAUUUGACAUUGGAAGGUCAUGAAACUUGUGCUAGCAUUAUUGAAGAUGAUGUUAUGUCUUCAUUAGUGGUUUUUUUUCGACAGUCGAUUGGUCAGAUGCAGAAUUUAUCUCCCAGUGCAAGGCAAUCUGUGAAGUGUCAAACAUAUGGCAUGGUUGAGCAGGCUCUUCAUUUGCUAUGGAAUUUGACGGAAGGUAGUCCAGUGGCAGUAUCUAUCUUUAAUCAGCAAAAUUUGAUGUCUUUGGUUCUUCAUUGUUUGCAGCCAUCAGGUUAUCCUCUGUCUCUUGUAGUGCCGGCAGCUCAGUGUUUAUACUCAGUCAGUGAGGAUAACACUCAUGUUUCUGGACAGCUUGCUGAGUCUGCUGAAGCAUUGUGUGUUUUAAAGGAAUCUCUUCAGUGUUCUGGUAGUACAGCAAAUCAUUUAUUGCUACGUGUUAUAACAGCAGGUGUUCUUUUCAAUAUCAGUCGUCAUCUUCCUAUUGCCACUAAGGUCGACAGCAUGCAUGCGAUAACUCAAGUGCUGUCAAUAGCAUUGGAUGUGGAUAUACAAGCAGAGAUGAAAGCAGUUGUUCCAGCUUUGACAGAGUGCAAACCGGAAAUUCAAGAUGAUAAAGAACCAGAGCAGGUAAUGGAGGUAAAGACUAUGUUGACAACCCAACAGUUGGCAUUGGAGGUUCUUGCCAACUUUUGCUGCGCAGAUGGAGACAGCAGUGAUGAUGGAGAGUGGGAAGACACGGAUGAUGAAGCAAACAAUGAUGAUGAGCUAGUCACUGAGUCUAAUGGAGUUAUCCAUGAGAUCCCUCCUCUUGUCUCAGCCGAUAAAGCUGCUGCUGUUGUAACACAAUGUUUGCCUGAGAAGGCACUGAGUAAGUGCAAGUUUGCUGACCCUGCUGUGUACCAAGUUUUGGGUGGGCAUAGUGCUGGUCAACAUCUGAUAGCCAAGUUGAAUACAGUCCAGUCUCGGGCCUUGGUGGCUCUACACAAUUUGUUGUCAUCUUUAUGUACAGAAGCACUGUACAGUGGAGAAGCAUUAUGUAAUUUGUGGAAUCUCUUGUUUCAUCUUGCAUCAGGAGAUACUUCUGAAGGUGCAACUUUGAGAGAUGAUGAAGAAUUUCUUGAAGCCGUUACCGGAGCCUUGAGGUCUGUUCUUCAAAGGCUUAAAGAUACUAAAGUCCAGUGUGUCAGUUCCCAACAGAUUGCAUUGCUGUGUUCUGUCUGCCAUUCAUCAAAAUUUUCGUCUGUUCGAGCGAAUAUUGUAGGGAUGCUUGGCAUUAUUGGAACAAUGAUAGCACAAUGUCAUUCAAGAAUGGAAAGACUAGUGGCGAUUGGCACAGCGCUUGUGUCAGCAGCCAGUUGUGAUCAUGACUUGUGGGUAGUAGCUGAGGCUCUUGAUGCCAUCUUUGACGUGUUUGGAGACGGAGAUGAAGCUAUGAUUGCAGCAGAAAAAAUCAACUUACUGAAGAUACUGCAACAAAUAGCAUCUACAUUGAAGAAGAGGAUGCGUGCUGAGAAGAAGCAUCUUGGUAGUAGAGUUGCAGUAGUAGAUAUAGCUCGAAAUAAUCUGCAAAGGUUUAUUAGAUACUUGAAAACAGAAGGACACACUUGACGUGAUUAAAUGUUUAUGAUCUGGUUUGUGUACAAAAAUGGGAUUUGUUCAUCAUAGAACUAACAAGUUUCUUAGCAACUCA